GUUUUGACUAACUAUACAGAUCUACAUGUCUAUGACCGACCUUUAACUCUAUUAGUGUAGAAAACACAUCACAUACAGGGAAGUGUGCUAUUUUAUUCCGUUUGAUAGUAAUAGUAUAUAGCUCAAGUCGGGAAUACCUCAAGUCGGCGAGGUCCUUAAAUAACAUCUUCCUUUUUUAUUAAUGAAUAAUAAAGCUCUCAAUGUUCUGUUGGAGGAGCGGUGGCUGAGUGGUAAAUCGCUUGUCUUUCGAACCGCGGGUCUCGGGUUCCAAUUCUAGUGAAGACUAAACGUUUUAAUUUCGGUAUCUUUAGAUGUCUCUGAGUCCAGCCAACUGUAAUGGGUACCUGACAUUAGUUGAGGAAACGUAAAGGCAGUUGGGUCGUUGUGCUGACCACGUGACGCCCUCGUUAACCGUGGGCCACAGAAACAGAUGACCUUUAUAUCAUCUGCACUAUAGAUCGUAAGAGUUCAUAAAAAUUCUACAAACCGUUUAUUUCUGUAUUUGCUUUGCCCACCAUGGCGUCCUAUAAUGGUAGAGGACCUGACGAUGACUCUAUGGAAUUAAGCAAUGAGGAGAUCGACGAAUGGAUCAGGAAACAUUUUGAAUUUAUAAAACAUAAUCUACGAGUCUACGACUUGAUUACAGGUUCACACAUCUUUGAUCCAAUCAUACCAAACAAUGUUUUACAGAAACUGAAGUUGAAAGAACCGGAAUCGAGAAUUAAACAUGCUCACAAAUUUCUGAAAGAGUAUCUGAAAUCAAAGUAUGAAGGCAAAGGAAAAAUCUUGAAAGACGCCUUACUAAUGAGAGGUCCUGACUCAGGAAACUCAUUACCUUCCGAUCACAGAUUGAUCUGGACGGCUCUUUUGUCGAAUACUUCAGACAUUGACCUGGCUGCACACUCCCAUGACCAGAAAUUAAUUCAAGCUUUACAAGCAGAAAUUACAGAAUGUAUUGAAUGUGAUGAAGGAUGGUUGUCUCAUUGUUUAGAGCGAGGGUUAAUCACUAAAAAAGAAUUUGAAGAGAUUCGAUCUCUUCGGGAUAGAUCAGGAACACACAGGGGGAAUGUGAUGUUACUAGAAUGUAUUACUAGAACUUACCAGUUUCUCAAAACGUUUCUAGAGCUGCUGUGGGACAGAGGCCUUGAAGAUUUAGUUCGAAAGAUUGACAAAGUUACGUAUGAAAAAUUUCUAGCCCGUGAAACAGAUGGUGGUAGUGACGAUAGACCAAUGAGACAUGAUACAGUGCACAUGUCUGGACCAGUAGAGGGCGAUGACUAUGCGGGUCAGGAUAAUCCUAAUGCAGCCGUUCAUCACAGUUCUAUAAGCCCAUUACUUUUGGAUCCUAUGGCGGCCUUUAAUGGCGAGGUACCGGACAGUUUGCCUAGUACUAACUAUAUGGAACUACCUAACGAGGAGAUCGACAGACUGAUCAAUAAAAACUUCACAUUCAUAGCAGAAAAUCUACGUGUCUACGACUUGAUAACAGGUCCACAUAUUUUCAAUUCAAUCAUCCCAAGUCAUGUUUUAAAAGAAUUGAAGUUGAAAGAUCCAAAAUUGAAAAUGGAAAAUGCUCGAAAAUUUCUAAACGAGUAUUUGAAAUCAAACUCUCCUGGCAAAGGAAAAGUAUUAAAAGAUGCUUUGCUUAUGCGAGGUACAGACACAGAAGAUACAAUAUCGUCUGACCACAAGCUGAUAUGGACGGUUCUGUCAUCGAGAACUCAAGACCUUGACCUGGAAGCACACCGCCAGGAGCUGUAUUUGAUAGAAAACUUACUAAAUAUAUUAAAAAACUCAAUAGACUGUGAUGAAGAUUGGCUAUCGGACUGUUUACAUCGAGAGUUAAUUACUAGAAAUGACAUGGAAGAGAUUCGAGCUUGUCGCACUGCUGAAGGAAAUAUCAGUGGAAAUGUCCUGUUACUUGAUUGUAUUACUAAAACUCAUCACUUUCUGAAAAAGUUUUUAAAGCUGCUGUGGAGCAGGGAACUAAAAAAUCUAGUCCAAGAGAUUGAUAGCGUCCUGUAUGAAAAAUUCGAGGCCAAUGAAAGAACAGCAAGUGACGCUAGGACAAUGACUCAAGAAAUUGAGUACAUGUCAGGACCAGUACCUAAAGAUGACUAUCAGUGCCAGGGGUAUGAUGCGAAUGAAGAUCUAAUGCAUGAUUGCAACUCCUCCGAGAACACGUCAGUAAAGAUGUACCCGAAAAAAGAAAUCGAUUUCAACAUACCAAUCAACGAUCUGGGUGACGGUUCAGUGUCAUCAAUAGCACUCAACGAUCUAAGUGACGGUUCAUCAAUAGCGCUCUCUAAUCCCAGUGGACUCAGCUCUACAACUUAUACCAAAGAUUGUUACAGUGACGAUGAGGGCAUCUCUACCAGCGUCAAUGAAAGUAUUUCAGUGAUUAACAGCGCUCAGAAAAUUAGGAAUCUGUCAACUUACGAAACGAAUCUUCCGCUAGGCAUGCAUGACAGAGCUCCGAGAAGUUUAGAUGUUUACAAUCAUGGAGAUCAGUUCUCAGAGGAAGGGCUGCAUCGAACAAAAGUUCCAGAUAGGAAAACUCCCCAAUUCGGAUUUCAAAGCACCAAUACAACAGCAUACACACACCAACAUUCUAACAUUUUCGUGGAUAAAAAAGAAGAUGACAAAUUGUCUGACUAUAAAAGUAACUCUACAAAACCCCAAACAUUAAAAAUCAAGAGUAUAAAACCGAUUGACCAACACAAAACUACAAAGACACCAUUCAAAACUUCAGAUAAUUUUAAAGCAUCUCCCGAAAAUAAAACGUUGCGUGAAUUAACGAAAUCUGCUAAAACACAAGAGGACAGGUACAGAAUGUCCAAAAUACAUACAGAUCUAUCAGAAAAUACUAGAAGCUCUACAUCAAAACCACAUUCAGGGACUUUUAAACCACUAUGUCAAACUCCACCAAACAAAUUAAGGGCUCAAGCCUCAAAUGACAAAAAGCCAUCGAGAAUGCAAGAUCACGUCGAAAGACCAUCGCGAACCCCAGAUCUAAGAAAUGGAUCUGAGAAACAAGGAACUAUGGGAAAGUCAACUAGAUCUUAUUAUAGUGUCAGUUCCCAAAGAGUACAAUUCUAUGAUUGCCCUUUCUGCAAGAUGAGAUUCAUUAGCGAUACAAAUCUGCAAGAACAUAUCAAGAAAACGUGCGGCCCAAAGGGAGAUGACCACCUACGCUGUAAAAAAUGUACAAAAAUGUUUACUGAAAAGGCAACACUAGAUAGACACAUGAGGGAGUGUAGUUCUGAACCUCUUCGUGAACUGACUUCAAGGCAAGACAAUACUCCAGCCCACAGACCUACUCAGAUUUAUUGUUGUAGCCAGUGCAAAGCGAAAUUUAUGGAGAAAGACAAACUGAAAAGUCACAGAUUAAACUAUCAUCUUUAGGUCAUAAUUGCAACGCAUCAUGGGCUCUCACGAAAUGAAAGCUAUUCAUCGUUAGGUCAUUUCAGUCAAGAAUAGAAAACUUUAACAAAAUGAAGAAUAUACAUCGUUAUGUCAUUGUGAGAUUAUCUUAUUGUUUAUUGGUAGGUUAAUAAACUUAGGUCUUAACGAGUGUCGUAUAGUUAAGCAGAGUCUUCGUUGUUUUAUCAUUAAGUCAUUAUGACGAAGGGUGUAUAUCAUAAAAUCAAGCAUGGUCUAUUUUAGGGUUGUGAUUCUUUGUUUUCCAUUUACAUCGGGAAUUUUUUUUUAAAUAUGGUCAGGAGAGAUAAUUUAGUUCAAUAAAUACCUUCUGAAAUAUGGUCAGGAGAGAUAAUUUAGUUCAAUAAAUACUUCCUGAAAUAUGGUCAGGAGAGAUAAUUUAGUUCAAUAAAUACCUUCUGAAAUAUGGUCAGGAGAGAUAAUUUAGUUCAAUAAAUACCUUCUGAAAUAUGGUCAGGAGAGAUAAUUUAGUUCAAUAAAUACCUUCUGAAAUAUGGUCAGGAGUAGUUCAAUAAAUACCUUCUGAAAUAUGGUCAGGAGAGAUAAUUUAGUUCAAUAAAUACUUCCUGAAAUAUGGUCAGGAGAGAUAAUUUACAAAGCAUAUAGAAACUCAUUCUUGUCUGUGUGUCUGUUUGGUAAAAAGUUUGUACACGUUAUUUCUCAUACACUCAUUCGUGAAUCAAGUUGAAACUUUGCACAUUUAUCAUUAACGUAGACUCAGUGAUGCUCAGCCCAAUUCGACCUGCGGGCCAUUUUUAUUUCCGACACUCGUGUUGCGGGCCGAAAAUGUACAUUAACGAAAUGAAAUUGACCUAAAAGAAUUUUAUUAGAAACCAGUGGAUCUAAUACUUGCAUUAAUUAAUAGGAUAUUAAUAGAAUAUUAACUGGCUUCAUUUCUCUCUUAAAAUGUGAGCAACAUUGUAGCUAGCUUUACCAAAGACUCAUUUUCUUGUCUCUUUUUGGUAAAUAUUCCCAUCGAUCUUUAAUUUCUAGGCUUAGUUUAACAACCUUUUAUUCGCGGCUCAAACAAAGAAUGUCGUCAUAUUUGUUUUAUAAAGCCGUAUAAGCCCGUAUUUAUGUUGUUGUUUUUAAAACAGCUACAAUUUACAAAACAAAUAUGUUGAGUUAUUAUCAUGUUCCACAAAAAAUAAUUAUGGAUCCGUUCAAUUUUCCUGGUAUGAUUCUAAAUUCAGAGUCAACUUGUAGUUUCUUCAGCUCUCACAUUUCAUAAACCUACACAUUUUAAAUGACAUGGAACCAAUUCAUCAGAAUAUACAGUCAGGACCCUAACGUGGGUGAAGAUAAAUUUUUCAACCUAUUCUACACUUUGUGCAGACGUUUCAGCGGGCCGGAUAAAACCACAUCUCGGGCCAGAUCUGGCCCGCGGGCCGUAUUUUGGGCAUCACUAGCGCCGUAGACAAUACAUGAAUCAGUCAAUUGGUUAUUUCUAAUAAAUUAUUUUGUUUUAUGCCAACAAGGGAAAUAAUUCUUUAGUAUUCACAGAUACGGCUUUAUAUGUAUAGUUUCAUCCCUUUUGAUAAUUGAACACGUUAUUUCUCCCACACCCAUUCUCAGAUCAGGUUAAAACUUUAAACAAUUAUUUGUUUCCCCUAAUAAAACAUGAAUCAAUUAAAACAUUAACCAAUUAGUUAAUUCAUUAUUGAUAAUUAUUGUUUUCUUUGACAUCGAAUGAGGGAAAUAGCUUCUACAUUAUUGAGAUAUAUAGUUAUAUAUGCGGAGUUCUUUCUCUUAGAUUUUUUUUGUUUUUUUAAAAGGAGUUCUAUAUCUUUAAGUUGUUAAUGAGUAUCUUUCAGUGAUUUGUUUACAAAUGUAGUCAGUGAUCAUUGAUGUAAUACACAUUCUUAACAAUGCAUUAACAUAUUGAUGAAUGGCUGACUGGUCGUGCGGUUUGCGCGCUGGACUGUCGUUCAGAUUUAUCGAUGAUCCCGGGUUCAAACCCUGCCCGCUCCCUUCCCCCGUCGUCCUGCGGGAGGUUUGGACUAGGAAGUAAACUAUCUUCAACUCUGAAGGAACAUCCGAAACAUGUAAAACAUUUUUUUAAACAUGUUCUAUAUAUCAAUAUUCAAUAAUUCUGUUUCAAUACUAACCAAAAAUACAUGUUUAAAUUUAUCACGCACAAAAUCUGUACAAUUGUCUCUUUCUAAUGUCCCAUUAUGUCUUUUUUUUUAUUCACAUGGAUAUUAACAAUGUAAUAAUAAUAAAACAUAGAUAAAUCUC